AUGGCUUCCGAAAGAGAAUCUAGAAUUGAUCUAGGUAGGUUGGGAACACAACCCAGUGGCCGCCAGCCUGAAACGAAGCACAAUGCCGGUGUAUCCAGUAACAGUCCCGCGCAAAAUCGCUUGAAGAAGGUUCCACAGCAGGGCGAGACACCCCACGGCAAAACAACUGCAGCUCUUUCCAAGAAGCCCAAGUCUCCUUGGACGGGCUACAUUAAACUCUAUAGCCUUCAGUUUGGAGCUAGUGAUUACUUCCAAGUGGCCGAGGAGGUUUUCAAGAAGAAAGACUCUAAUCCAGAUCAUAACCCUGUUGUGAUUGUAAAGUCUUUCUCCAAUGCUGAGGCUAAGUCAUGCAUGCAAUACAUACAACGAAUCAAUCACAAAAACUUCGUCCCGGUCAGGAACUUCUUCUCCACCAACGGAGAAUCUUUUAUUGCUUUUGAGUUUAUGCCGCUCUCACUCUCGGAACUUGCUGGCCAUCCGCUCAUGGAUGACUGCAGGUUGGCUUCUAUCCUGGGACAGAUCGUCGACGGGCUGGUGUAUUUGGACGAUCAUUGUCUGGAACACACUCAACUUACAUGUUCUAACAUUCUAGUUGACACCGCGGGCAACGUGAAACUAUGGGCACAGGAACAUGUUCAGGGUGGCUCAGACCGCAAAAGGCAUGUGCAAGGUCUGCGCCGCAUAGCGAUACAGUUGAUACAAGGCUAUAUCGACGAAGAUGAGCCCGACGGCCCAGGCGGGAUACCGCAGUGUCCGGACGGACUCAAAUUCGUCUCUGACAUGGAGAGGGCAUCAAGCACGGAAUCACUGAAAAAGCAUUCACUACUGCAACUUCCUUGGCAUAAAAGUCGGCUCGCCGGUAUGAUAUCACUUGUACACAUUUGGGUUGAUCGCGGAUACAAAUUUCAUCCUUAA